CUGUAUGAUGAUUCGUCGCGGAAACCGUCACCAGAAUAUAUUUUUAAUCAGCUUCAGUGUCUUUCUUUUAUCAGCACCGCUUACAAAAGUGCUGUCGCUGCCCCGCUGUCUCAGCUGUGCCAGGUCAGAUGGCUGCGGCUGGUAGGCUCUCAGGCCGGCUGGUACUGCUGUACUUGCUGAGACAGACUAGGAAGACGUAUAAUGAUGAGCUGCGGGGAUUCAGUAAGACUGCCGCUUGUCUAGGGUCACGUAGGGAUAAAAGGACCUAUAAGGUGGUCUUCUCCCAGCAGGAGCUGAAGAAACGGCUGACACCCCUGCAGUACCAUGUUACUCAGGAGAAAGGGACCGAGAGUGCCUUCAAAGGGGAGUUCACCGACAAGAAAGAUGCAGGAUCAUACACAUGUGUUGUUUGUGGGGCCCCAUUAUUCCAAUCUGAAACUAAAUUCGACUCUGGAUCUGGAUGGCCUUCGUUCUCUGAUGUGAUCAAACCUGAGUCAGUCUCUCAGACCGAUGACUUCUCCUAUGGGAUGCACAGAGUGGAAAUAGGCUGCAGCCAGUGUGGCGCUCAUCUGGGCCACCUCUUUGACGAUGGCCCUCGCCCGACUGGUAAGAGGUAUUGUAUCAACUCAGCUGCCUUAGCCUUCGUACCUGAAGCCGAGUCCUCAGCCAGGGAAGCUCCCAGCAGUGCCCCUGCCAGCGAGCCCACUGCCUCCGGAAAGACUGAACUGUGAGCUUCAGCGGGAGAAACGGAGCAGGCCAGGACAUUUAACCCUCUUUUCAAAAGCGUGCCGGUGCAUUCUGUUUCAAAACCAACACUCACGUACUUCCAUAUACUCUGGCUGCUUGCGUAACCAGAUCUGUUAUUUGCAAUAUACAAAUCUGUUUUUUAGUAGCAGUUUAACUUUGUAAUAGGUCAUUUUUGAUAAAAUGUUUGAACAAAAAGCAAAUGGAAUGUAUGCUACUGUAAACACCUUUUGUAUUGUCUUUUUUUUUUGUUUUUGUAAAGCCAUUGGUUUUAGCACUGAUUGACAUACCGUAACACUGCUGUUUUACACAAUACAUUGCAAAUCAGUUUUAAAGAACAUUUUCAAAACUAAUGAAAGGGGGCUUUACAGUAUUCUGUUUACCGUAAGCAGUUACCAUGUGAAAAGUUAAGAAAUACUCAGCUUUGCUCCAGUGCUGUAUUGUUUGAAGUGAUAUUUGAUGUGAGUGGAAGAGAGCCCCUAUGCAAGUGCAUUUUGUGCAGUUAAACGAGCAUCAGGCUGAGAGCUGAGCAGUCUUUCUAAUAAAAUGGUUGAGAUGACAAAUGUUUACUGUGAGCAUUAACCCAGCCCCGGCCUUUAACAUAGCUGGGUUUGGGGGCCAUUUUUCAAUCCGUUUUGUUUUUUACUGAUUUGUUUUUGACUUUGACUAUUAACUUGCCUUGAACUUUCUUGCAUUGGGAGUAAUCGUAUACAGUAUUUAAAUAAAACUUUAAGACUGUUAAUACA